GAAAGCGUCAAGCACUGAUUAAACACUAAAGUAAACAAACACGUAUGAACAGCUGCAAGAUCAUUAGACUGAUAGAGAUCAGUGGAUCAUUAUGAGAAUUAACAGGUGGAAUUUGUGAAAUAGUUCCAAUAUUUUACGAUCAUGUCAUUUAUAACUAGUUUUGUAACUAUUUUCAUAUUUUUAAUUAUUUCAACGAAGGGAGAGAUCAACGAAUCUCAAGAUGAAUCUACCCAGUUCGACGAACUCUUAAAACAAGAUCACACACUUGUCGCUUUAUUUACUCAAGCAUGUUGUGCUUGUACUGACUGUGUAGAAGCCGAAGUUCUGCUCGGUGGCAUGAGUCAAGAAUUAGAAGACAACCUUGGUUUACUUGUUGUUAGAUUAAAAUCUGAAGAAAUGAAAAAACGUUUUGGUAUUAAGCGCUUGCCUACGUUACUAUACACAAGAAACAACAAAACAGCUAUUUAUUCUGGUAAAUUUGAUCAUGAAAUAUUAUAUGCAUGGUUGCAAGACAAUAUUGAGCCAGCUACAGUGGAUUUAGAUGAUUCAUCAUUUGAACAUCUAACGCAAGCCGCAACCGGUGCAACUACAGGUGAUUGGCUGGUGAUAUUCCACGAUGAUUCUUGCUGUAAGAAUCGAGAGCUUAUGCAUUUAGAAACAGCUGGUGUAAAACUUAAAAACAAGGUUAACGUAGCAAGUGUGAAUAUUCUGAAAGCUCCUGAAACUAAAGAACGUUUCAAAAUAAAUACAUGUCCACAUAUCAUACUUUUUCGUCAUCAAAAACUGUACAGAUUUAGUCUUCCUGAUGUCAAUUCUAAAACAUUAAAGAGGUUUGCUGAGAGUUUUUAUAAAAAUUCCAAAUCUGAAACUGUACCACCUCCAUUAUCAAUGUUUGAUAAAAUUCUAGACAAAACAUUUGAAUAUUCUAAACAAAAUCCAUAUUUUGUAAUAGCAUUUUUCGUUUUAUUUAUUUUGUCUACAACACUUUUCUUAAUAUGGACCAUAAUGACACCAUCUUCACACAAAAAAUCUGAUUAAAAUUAUGAUUAAUAUGUAUUUUUGGUGUUAAGACUUUUAUUAUUUUAAAAAUUUUUGUAAAAAUUAAUAUUAAUUAAAUUUUUUAUCCAACUGAUGGUCAAAAAAUACAUUUAUGAGACAUAAGGUAAUUAUAUAUAUAUUCAAUAAGUUUUGGACAAAUUUAAAAUAAAUUAUGCAAAAUAUGAUUUCUUAAUAGGAAAAAUUGUUACAUCCUUUAAAUGGUCAAUGUGUGUGGCUUUUUAACUUCUUUCUAGAAAAUAAUGUAAACUACCUAAAUUGCUUAGAAAGCAUCUUAUGGUUAUUCUUCAAAUCAAUCUUAAUAUAUUUCUUUAACUUUUCUCUAUAAAAUAUGUUAACUUUGAAAUUCUAAAAUCAAGAGUUAAAUUUAAUUUUGUUAAAGAUGAAUUUUAAUGUAAUGAAAAUGUGUGUGUUAUUUAAGGAAGCUAUUGUUAAUUGUCAACAAUUGUAAAAGUUAUUGCUAAUUUGUUAAUUCAAGUUAUUGUUAACUGUCAUAAAAAUUCCUUCCAAAGUUAAAUAUGUUUUCCUAGGUCUCUACUCAAACAAAGAAUAGUGCCACCCUAACAUAGAACAGAAUCAAUCAUCAGUGUUUUAAUCAUUAUUUAAUUUCAAAAUCGAAAUUCCUGCACUCGGUAAAGUAUUGCACAAUUUUUGAUAAUCACUUCUAAUUUAUGAUUGACAGACUGGUGCUACAUUAAUAUUUUUCACCAUGACAACUCAAAAAUUUACAUCGGUUACUUUUAAGUAAGCAGUGAAUUUCUUUUUAAAUGUUUAAUGUAAAUUAUGUAAUUCUUUUUAAAUGUUUGAAUAAAAUGUUUUCAGCUUUUUACAAUAGGUGACUGGUUAAAAAGUUUUGGGAUGUACUGGUCACGCUGCUUUUUUGAAAAAUUGUUAGCUUUAAAAAAAAAAAAUUUUAAGUUUUCAGAUUCAAUAACUUUGUUCAACUUUUAUCCAUUAGGUACAGUUUAAUGAAAUGAACAAGCCGAGGAGGACAUUUUUACUAAGUUAAAAUUUACAAGAAAUUGAUGUUUCAAUGUUCCAUAUUUAUGAUUUUACAAUUCAAAACAUUCCAGAAUUUUUGUGCAUGUUGUAUGUCUUUUCAUGGUGUCAGUAUUUUUCUUUUUCACUGUACAGUACUUCUGAAGCUAAUAUGCAGAAGAAAAAUCUUAAAAUAUCCUUCUGUGUGUUUCAUUUACAUUAAAAUAAAAGCAAUGUUUUUGUUUUUCUA